AGUCUCUCAGAAAGUCUGCACAUUUACUAUACUUCCAUCUAUAUAGACAGAAGACAAAGAAAAAAAGAAUAGGAAAAAGAGAGAAAAGAAGAAAAAGUAGGAUAGCUCUUGGGGGACAAGAAUGAUCAGGCACCAAGAAGGAAAACAGAACAAGAUGUCGGUUAUCUACUCCGAAACAGAGACGUAUGAUAUCCUCAUGACUUUAGGGAAAGGCACUUUUGGGGAAGUGGCUAAAUGUUGGAAGCGAGGUAACGGGGAGAUGGUUGCUGUAAAGAUCCUUAAAAGCGAUGCUUAUAGGAGCCGGAUUAUUAAAAACGAGCUGAAACUCCUGGCCGCCAUUUCCAAAGUCAGCCUGGACGACUGCCACAUUGUGACAUUUUACGAAGCUUUCCACGACGAGAGCCAACACUAUCUGGUCUUCGAGCUCAUGGAGAAGAAUCUCUUUGACCUGCAGAAGGAAAACAGCUUCAGCCCUCUGCCUGUGAGGCACAUCCGGACCAUCAUCUUCCAGGUCCUCAAAGCCCUGGUCAAGCUCAAGGAGCUGACCAUCAUCCAUGCCGACCUCAAGCCUGAGAACAUCAUGAUUGUGGAUCACUGCAGGUUCCCCUUCAGAGUGAAGGUCAUCGAUUUCGGCUCAGCAAGCAUCUUCAAUGAAGUGCGUUACGUCAAGGAGCCCUACAUUCAAUCCAGGUUCUACAGGUCUCCAGAAAUCCUGUUGGGUCUGCCGUUCUGUGAGAAGGUGGACAUGUGGUCUCUGGGCUGCGUGAUGGCUGAACUAUACCUGGGCUGGCCCCUGUACCCAGGGGAUAAUGAGCUUGAACAGGUCAGCUUCAUCUGUAAGACCCAGGGCAUGCCCAAAACCCACCUGCUCAACGCAGCCAGCAAGACCCACCAGUUCUUCAAGUGGACCAGGACCUCCAGAGGCACACACCAGUGGCAGCUGAAGUCCUCCAUUGAGGAUCUUCCGCAGGGCAAAGGAGGGCAGGGCAAGGCCCACCAGGAGAGGAGGAAGUACGUUCUGAGCUCGCUGGACGAACUGGAGAAUGUGAACGCCCCGAAGGUAGCUGCCUUCCAAGACGACGAAGCCUUGGCCGCCAUCAGCGACCGCAAGAGCAUGGUGGAGCUCCUGAAGAGGAUGCUGACCCUGGACUCCCACGAACGCAUCAACCCCAGCUCGGCUCUGCAGCACCCCUUUGUGACCAUGCAGCACCUCAAGAUCACCUUGCUUCACUCCAAGUACUGCGAGAUGUCCAUGCUAGGCUUCCAGGAAGCUUUGAGCUACCAGAUCAGCCAGGAAGACGAGGAGAAAUACAGUUACCGCAUGACCGAGGAUCAGAACUCGGGAGACGAGUGUUGCCAGAACGAUUCGGCCCAACAGGUCGCUGUGGUCGCUAACGUGCAGAGGACCAUUGACAAGAUGGAUGGUCUAAGGAUUGACGAGUCAGAGCUGGAAGCUGCAAUGAACCUCUGGGGUGAAGGUGGACCAGGAGGGGGUUAUCAACCUUCUACCUCCAUGGAGUCCAUCUCAAGCCACCAGGAGCUCCCCAGGCACCACCACCAUAGCAGCAGCAAUGGCACAAGACGGCAGCCGGUUUUGGCCUACCAGAACAGCCGUUACGGAGCUAAGAAGCAGGCUUCACGGCACUCUAAGUCAGACCCCACUUUUAGGAAGCUGAUUCUGCUUGGGCAGGAGACCGCUGAGGGAGGCUGUCCCUGUACAAAUCAAAAGGAUUCUGGCAGUCCCUCCUCAAAGAAUCCGUCCUUCAUUCCAGAAUUUGUGGAUAAACAGGAGGAUAACUCAGUCAUGAAACCACCGCAGGAGUACUCUGCCACACAGCAUGGAGCCCAGUACAGUUUCUUUGAACCAGAGGAGUCAGACAGUAGUUAUGACAAUGGAUGGUCCACCACUGGAGACUGGAGCCCAGGAACAGGGGCAGGAGCAAACCACAUGAAGUAUGAGGUGCCACCCAGAAACAGCAGCCACCACCAUUACCUGCACCUGGGGAGCCAAAAAAAACCCCAGGAGAAUCGUUCUUGAGAGACCCGCUCUAUUUCCAGCGUUCUCGUCUCCUAUGUAAUAAGAUACCACGCGUUUUGAGUAUUUUAAGUUUGAUCGAUUGCUAAUGUAUCCAGCAAAGCACUUCUGUAAUGUACUGUGGUUGAGUGAACCAGAGAAACAUCGCCAGUUUUAUUUUUAAGUACCUACCUUGUUUAAAAAGCUCCAUUCUAUAACGAUUUUCUAUUAAAAAAAAAAAAGCAGCUACAGAAUAAAAAUUAA